CAGCAGUGCGCUGUGUCCCUCGGACACAGCGGAUCACCGAUCCAGGAAAGAGCCGAAGAUGUCGGCUCAGUCAUGUGAACAGUUGUGUCCAAUCAGAGCUGAUCACAUCACUUAUGAUCAAAGUGCCCUGAUGAUCUGUGUAGCUGCAGCAGCAUCACCAGUCAGUGUCCAUCAGUGCCAGCUCUCAGUGCUCAUCCAUGCCACCUGCCAGUGCCCAUCAGUGCCACAUAUCAGUGCAACAUCAAUGCCACAUAUCAGUGCCCAUCUGAGCUGCCUUUCAGUGUCACCUAUCAGUGCCAGUCAGUGCCACCUAUCAAUGCCAGUCAGUGCCACCUAUCAGUGUUGCCUAUCAGUGCCAGUCAGUGCCGCCUUUCAGUGUGCAUCAGUGCCUCCUAUCAGUGCCUGUCAGUGCUGCCUAUCAGUGCCGCCUAACAGU